UAAGUUCAAGCUUUAUUUCUUAGUCCACCAGGUCUACGAGUCUACUUGUACCUAGUGCAUCAAUUAUUUAAGUACAUCUUACUUGUUCUCUUCUAUCGUAUAAAGUCUAGUCAUCGUAGUAUCUCCAGAUCUUCUAUGAAGUAUCUUCUUCCUUACCUUCGACAAUUCAGAAGUCUUAUCGGAAGCAAUCUACGUCCAGUCUCAUCAUCAUCAUCAUCAUCAUCAUCAUCAUCAUUAAGGAGGGGCAGCUAUUUACCCCACCACAAGAUACCUCUUAACUUUCACCCCUCCAUUCUUUCUUAUCCUACCCAAACAUCUUCCAUUUUCACAAUGAGCAAACCUCAGAUUCUUUUGCUAGGCGAGAUUGACCAUGCCAAAAAGGAAUGGAGCGAACUUUCCAACAUUGGUGAACUCAUCGAACCCAAGGCACGAUCCCGUCAAGAAUUCAUAGAAGAGUGUAAAAAUGGCGUCUACGAUAAAGUCGUGGCUGUGUACAGAACUUUCACCAGUGUCUCCAUCACAGGUUUGAUUGAUGAGGAAUUAAUCAGUGUACUACCAAAGGGUUUGAAGUUCAUUGCUCACAAUGGAGCUGGAUAUGACCAAAUUGAUGUACAUGCAUGCACUAAACACGAUAUCCGUGUUUCUAACGUUCCAACUGCCGUUGAUGAUGCUACUGCCGAUACCAAUAUGUUUCUCAUUUUGGGAGCAUUGAGAGGAUUCAAUACCUCAAUGAUGGCUCUACGAAAGAACCACUGGAAGGGCUCCCCAGCACCCCCUCUUGGUCACGACCCUCAAGGAAAAGUUCUCGGUAUCUUAGGAAUGGGUGGUAUCGGGCGAAACCUCAUGAAGAAGGCAACUGCUUUCGGCAUGUCUGUACAAUAUCACAACCGUACAAAGCUUUCGGAAGAAUUGAGUGGAGGUGCUAAAUACGUCAGCUUCGAUGAGUUGUUGGCUACCAGUGAUGUUUUGUCCUUGAACUUACCUUUGAACAAAAACACUCGUCACAUUAUCUCCACCGAGGAAUUCAAGAAGAUGAAGAAGGGUGUCGUUAUCACCAAUACUGCUAGAGGUGCAGUCAUGAAUGAAGAUGCCCUAGUAAAGGCACUCGAAUCUGGUCAAGUUUGGUCAGCAGGUCUAGACGUUUUCGAAGAGGAGCCCAAGGUUCAUCAAGGAUUGAUUGACAACCCACAUGUCAUGUUGGUACCACACAUGGGAACAUGGACUGUGGAGACCCAAACCAAGAUGGAGGUCUGGUGUAUUGAUAACGUAAGAAGCGCUAUCGAGAAGGGUAAGUUGAUGAGCCCAGUAGGAGAGCAAAAGGAUAUGUAGCUAGGUAUUAGACGAAAUAAUAUAGAAAUUUGGGAUUGCUACCUUUGAAAUUCUGUUUUGAAGUGUUCACUGGGUCGAUAUACUCGGUCCAUUACAAUUUUAACUUUGG